UUGGUGUGUUUCACAGUCUUGCGUUGCCGAGGCGUGCCUCCUUCGCUGGAAGCGGUGGACGGGACACGUGAAGGCGUGUAGGCGAGUAUAAAGGAUGGCAACUAUGUGCAUCCGUGUUCAGACCUGAAGCAGCGGCUUUCCCUCUACAGCAGAAACUCGUCCCGCUGAGGCCUCGAUGGCGUACCCCACCGGCACUCUGGCACAGGGAGCCUUUGGGAAGGUGUACAAGCAGAAGUACAACGACACCUGGGCUGCAAUAAAGAAGGUCCCCCAACACCUCAUCAACAGGAAGGACCUGGAGAGAGAGUGUGAGGUGUACAAAAAGGCAAAACAUCCCAACAUAGUGAAGCUCCUGGGCAACAUAAAUCUCAAAGACGGGAAAUGGAUCAUUCCUCUGGAGUUUAUCUUCGGGGAGGACUUAGAGACCACCAUCUUCAAAGCAUCAAAUUCUAAAAUACAGCUGUCUCCAUCUAUCAAAGGCACCAUCAUCCUCGGCAUGUGUGAAGGGCUGUUUCACCUCCACUCCAGAGAUAUUGUCCAUCAAGACCUCAAGCCUGACAACAUCAUGGUGGAGCACGGUACAAACAGAGCCGUCAUCAUUGACCUCGGACUGGCAAAGUUCUUCAAAUUUGGCCUCAGCUCUGCCAUGGACAUGGGGAACCAGGCCUACUCGGCCCCCGAGGUUCUGCAGAUGGGCACCCAGAGGGACCAGCGCUCGGACGUGUGGGCCAUGGGGAAGAUCAUCGCGGAGCUCUGCGCCCGCAUUCGACUUCACACGCCCAGCGUCUGCCCCGCCAAGAUCAGGGACGUCAUGGGGGAUCAGCCGUACUGCCAUUCCGUGUGUAGGAUGGUGGACCCCAACCCGUCUCUGAGGGCUUCCGUGGGCGGGGUCAUCCACGAGAUUCGAAGGGCCGCAGGCGCAAGCGCGGUCACCAAUACGGCGGUUCAGAAAGAGCACCUCAAGCCACCUCAAGUUGAUGUCACAAUCCCGUCUCCGGCGGACCAAGGUGCAGCUCCAGGGAACAGAGAUCUAUCGCCUAUGAACAGAGGUGCAGCUCCGGCAAACAGAGAUCUAUCGCCUAUGAACAGAGCUGCAGCUCCAGCGAACAGAGGUCUGCUACAAUUGAACAGAAACCCGCCACCUAUGAACAGAGGUCUGCCACAAUUUUUCAGAGACCCAAUACCACACAAGCAUCCACCACCACCGAAAUGUGAACCUGCCCCCAAACCACCGUUUAAGGCUUUGCUGCCUCAAGCCGCAAUGCACUUCCCUCCUUCUCCACAGAGUGCCGAGGAGAAGAACCAACAAAUGGCUCUGGUCCCGGCCGGCGGACCCGAGCCGACCAGAGACUUCCAGAGGAGGAUGCGGCCCCAAGAUCGUCCCGCUGAGGCCUCGAUGGCGUACCCCACCGGCACUCUGGCACAGGGAGCCUUUGGGAAGGUGUACAAGCAGAAGUACAACGACACCUGGGCUGCAAUAAAGAAGGUCCCCCAACACCUCAUCAACAGGAAGGACCUGGAGAGAGAGUGUGAUGUGUACAAAAAGGCAAAACAUCCCAACAUAGUGAAGCUCCUGGGCAACAUAAAUCUCAAAGACGGGAAAUGGAUCAUUCCUCUGGAGUUUAUCUUUGGGGAGGACUUAGAGACCACCAUCUUCAAAGCAUCAAAUUCUAAAAUACAGCUGUCUCCAUCUAUCAAAGGCACCAUCAUCCUCGGCAUGUGUGAAGGGCUGUUUCACCUCCACUCCAGAGAUAUUGUCCAUCAAGACCUCAAGCCUGACAACAUCAUGGUGGAGCACGGUACAAACAGAGCCGUCAUCAUUGACCUCGGACUGGCAAAGUUUUUCAAAUUUGGCCUCAGCUCUGCCAUGGACAUGGGGAACCCGGCCUACUCGGCCCCUGAGGUUCUGCAGAUGGGCACCCAGAGGGACCAGCGCUCGGACGUGUGGGCCAUGGGGAAGAUCAUCGCGGAGCUCUGCGCCCGCAUUCGACUUCACACGCCCAGCGUCUGCCCCGCCAAGAUCAGGGACGUCAUGGGGGAUCAGCCGUACUGCCAUUCCGUGUGUAGGAUGGUGGACCCCAACCCGUCUCUGAGGGCUUCCGUGGGCGGGGUCAUCCACGAGAUCCGAAGGGCCGCAGGCGCAAGCGCGGUCACCAAUACGGCGGUUCAGAAAGAGCACCUCAAGCCACCUCAAGUUGAUGUCACAAUCCCGUCUCCGGCGGACCAAGGUGCAGCUCCAGGGAACAGAGGUCUGCCACACUUUAACAGAGACCCGUCACCUAUGAACAGAGGUCUGCCACAACUGAACAGAAACCCAAUACCCCACACAAGAAUCCACAUGUGGAACCCAAACCAGCCUUAACGGCUUUGCUGCCUCAAGCCGCCAUGCACUUCCCUCCUUCUCCACAGAGGGCCGAGGACAAGAACCAACAACUGGCUCUGGUUUGUUUAAUAGUUAGUUUAGGGUGAACUAAAGUCUGUUAUCUUCUAAGAACAGGUGAAAUACAAAAUAGCAAACUGAUACAAGUUACAGUACGCACCUUGGAAAUCACUUUUCGGGCAUUGUGUUCAUUCAUGUUGGGAUUUGAUUGAUCGCUCAGGUACAAACCUCAAUCUGUUUCUUAGCAUCUGAAUGCACGGGACUGUGAACAUUGCUUUAAUGUGAAAUGCACGUUUAUGUGUUAAAUUCUGAAGUGUAAUUUCUCUUCUUCAGAACGCUUUGUGCUUGGAAUUGUCAUUACGUCAGCUGGCCACUGUGUUGAGGGCCUUGUCGAUGCUUGGAAGGGAUUAGGGGUCCUUUUCGGUCACCUUGUUGCGGGGCCUGGAAUCCACACAACGAAUCAUUCUGUUUGGGAACCAUGACGACCGGGGAGGCCCAGGAGCUGAUGGAGGGCUCAAUGGUUUUAUCUGCUGCAGGCUGCCGGGCCAGCGGGAUGCGUGGAGGUCUCAUCCUCGUCUCAUGUUUUCAUGUUAUGCUGUAAAAGAUCUGUGCACGCCAAAUAUCUAUCUCAUAGUGACAACUAUGCAGAACUUAAAGAAUAGGGUUCAUUUUUAAUUAAGUUGUCCGUAUUUUAAUGAAUUAUGGGCUGAACCACCACACCAUUGUGCCGUCUUAAGCUCACAGCAACGGGCGUUUUCAGGUCUGCUUAGUACUAAUAAGCCCCUCUGUGCUUUUCUGUGAUUGGAGGUAAUCCGGAUCAGAGCGGUAUUGCCGUGGUCUCCAUUUAUCUCGAAAGUCAGGAAUCAAAACUGGUAAUGAAGUCACACACUCAUACAAUAAAUAUUAAUGGUUAGUGUGUGAAAAUGCGGUCAACACAUGGGUUGCAAAAUAAAACGUUCGUCCGAAGUGGUUAUUGUGCAUUAUGACUUAAAGGGGACGUUUCAGUGAUUGUGACAGAUGCACGGUUUUUAAUGUGCAUUUUGUUACGUGACAAUAUAUUUAAACAACUUGCAGUUUAUGUACUAAUGACAGUUUUUUUUAUUGCAGCUCAAGUCAUUUCUAUCAUAAUAGCCAAUUCGUUGAAGAUGCCUCUCAAGGUUUUUGUACUUUUCCGCACUACAUUUUUUAUUCGGUUUGUUUUUAUUAGUAAAAAAUCUGUACUAGUCCCAACUCUGAAUUCUCGAUUCACACACAACUGAGCGGUCAGCAUUACAUUUAUUCAAAAAGCAUUAACAGGGCUCUAUUGCAUUCUGUUGAAAGGAAAAAUAGAAA